AUGUUCCUCAAGAGAGGAAUCACAUUUGCUUCAGUAGUAUAUCCGCAUUUCCUUUCGAGGGCUCGUAGUUUUGGCCCCAAGUCCAACACCACCAUUCCCAUUCUCCAUCGUUCUGAACAAGUUUCUAAUUAUUCGAGUAGCUUUCAUCUUUCUCCGCUGUUCCCUUCCGAUGCUAAACCUCAUUCCGACAGCUAUGAUAUUGAGCUUGUUGACCAUGAUGCAUGGCGGGUUUCAUCGGGUUUGGCACUAGCAGGGCGUGGAACGGAGGGGACUGCGUUGGAAUCCAGUUACUUAUCGGAGGAAGUGGUUGAUGAACCGGUUGAUAAUUGCUCUCUACCUGUCGAGGGUGACCCGGAUUUUGAUGACAUUGAUAAUAUGAGGAUUCGAGGCAGUCUUUUCUAUAAACUCGACCGCGAUUCCAAAGAGUAUGAAGAGUAUAAUUUCGACUUUCAUGGUAGGAAGAAGUCUUCUAAGCAGAAGGAUGAUCCAAAGGAAAUUAAAAGGAAGAGUAGUGAGCUCAAAGAAAGCAAAACAGACAGCCCAAUUCGGGAUUUAUUCUCUAGAAGUGAAAAACAAGGUAGAAAUGCCAACAAUUCUCAGCUUGAUGAAAUGGACACUGCUUGUGUUGGGAAGAAGAUGCUGAGGACUCCGACUUAUAACCAGCUAACAGGUCCUUUCCAUGAGCCGUUUUGCCUGGACAUUUACAUAUCGAAGGCGUCUGUUCGUGCUUGCAUUAUUCACCGAGUGACCAGUAAGGUUGUUGCUGUGGCCCAUUCCAUAUCAAAAGACAUGAAAUUUGACCUUGGUUCGACUAGGAAUGCAGCUGCUUGUGCUGCUGUUGGGGCAGUUCUGGCUCAGAGGGCAUUGGCUGAUGAUAUCCACGAUGUGAUUUACACACCAAGGAAAGGGGAGAGAUUGGAAGGCAAGCUUCAACUUGUGCUUCAGUCUAUCAUUGAUAAUGGCAUUAAUGUGAAGGUGAAGUUAAAGCAAAUAACAAGGAAGAAACCCAGUUCCUCAUAUUCAGCUUAG